UCUGAACCCGGCAUUCACUAUAUCCGCUCUCCCCGGACCCCGCACUCACUAUAUCCGAUCUCCCCGGACCCCGCAUUCACUAUAUCCGCUCUCCCCGGACCCCGCAUUCACUAUAUCCGCUCUCCCGGACCCCGCACUCACUAUAUCCGCGCUCUCCCCGGACCCCGAAUUCCCUAUAUCCUCUCUCCCUCGACCCCAGCGUUCACUAUAUCCUCUCUCCCCGGACCCCGCAUUUCACUAUAUCCUCUCUCCCCUGGACCCCGCGUUUCACUAUAUACGUCUCUCUCCCGGACCUCGCGUUCACUACAUCCGCUCUCCCCGGACCCCGCGUUCACUACAUCCGCUCUCCCCGGACCCCGCGUUCACUACAUCCGCUCUCCCCGGACCCCGCGUUCACUACAUUCGCUCUCCCCGGACCCCCGCGUUCACUACAUCCGCUCUCCCCGGACCCCGCGUUCACUACAUCCGCUCUCUCCCCGGACCCCGCGUUCACUACAUCCGCUCUCCCCGGACGCCGCGUUCACUACAUCCGCUCUCCCCCCCGGACCCCGCGUUCACUACAUCCGCUCUCCCCGGACCCCGCGUCUCACUACAUCGCUAUCCGCUCUCCCCUCUGGACCCCCGCGUCCACUACAUCCGCUCUCCCCGGACCCCCCCGCGUUCACUACAUCCGCUCUCCCCGGACCCCGCGUUCACUACAUCCGCUCUCCACGGACCCCGAACUCCCUAUAUCCUCUCUCCCUCGACCCCGCGUUCACUAUAUCCUCUCUCCCCGGACCCCGCGUUCACUAUAUCCGCUCUCCCCGGACCCCAGCGUUCACUACAUCCGCUCUCCCCGGACCCCGCGUUCACUACAUCCGCUCUCCCCCGGACCUUGCGUUCACUACAUCCGCUCUCCCCGGACCCCGCGUUCACUACAUCCGCUCUCCCCGGACCCCGCGUUCACUACAUCCGCUCUUCCCCGGACCCCGCGUUCACUACAUC